AUGACCACAUUCGACCGAGGAGAGAAGCCAGAUAUUGGAACUUUGGUCGCAUUUGACCAUGUUCGAUUUGUCGUUGGUAAUGCUAAACAAGCCGCCUACUGGUACUGUGCCAAUUUCGGGUUCGAGCCAUUUGCGUACAAGGGAUUGGAGACUGGCUCCAGAAUCACCGCUCAACACGCCAUCAAACAAGAUAAGAUUGUUUUCGUGUUCGAAUCUGCCCUCCUGCCAGACAAUACCGAGUUGGGAGAGCAUUUGGUUCAGCAUGGAGAUGGAGUAAAGGAUGUUUGCUUUGAAGUUGAGGAUCUUGAUUCUAUUGUGGCGCAUGCGAAGGCUGCUGGAGCCACGAUUGUCCGAGACAUCACUGAAGAGUCAGAUGAGAAUGGAUCUGUCAGAUUUGCCACGUUGAGAACGUAUGGAGAAACCGAUCACACUCUUCUGGAACGCAAGAAGUAUAAGGGAGCAUUCCUCCCUGGCUUCAAACCCCACCCAAUGCCUCCGACAUUCUUCCAUUCUUUGCCACGUGUCGGAUUGAACUUCCUCGAUCAUUGUGUCGGAAAUCAGCCAGACCUUCAGAUGGCACCAGCUGUCGAGUGGUAUGAGAAUAUUCUCAAGUUCCAUAGAUUCUGGUCUGUUGAUGAUUCUAUGAUCCAUACCGAAUAUUCCGCUCUCCGUUCGAUUGUUGUCACUAACUUUGAAGAGACUAUCAAGAUGCCAAUCAAUGAACCAGCAUCUUCUAAUAAGAAGGCAGUUUCUCAGAUUCAAGAAUUUGUUGAUUAUUAUGGAGGAUCUGGAGUUCAACACAUUGCUCUUAACACCACUGACAUCAUCACUGCAAUCGAAGCUCUCAGAGCCCGUGGAUGUGAAUUCCUGUCUAUUCCAUCCAGUUAUUACGACAAUUUGAGACAACGAUUGUCAGUUUCUUCAAUGAAAAUUAAAGAAGACAUGGAUCGCCUUCAAAAACUUCACAUUCUGGUUGAUUUUGAUGAGAAUGGAUAUCUCCUUCAAAUCUUCAGUAAGCCAUGUCAAGACCGUCCAACUCUCUUCCUGGAAAUUAUCCAAAGACAAAACCAUCAAGGAUUCGGAGCAGGAAACUUCAAGGCUCUUUUCGAAUCGAUUGAAUUGGAACAAACAAAGAGAGGGAACCUGUUCUAUGAGAAUGUCAAGGAUGGACAACACAAGUAA